GGGUGAGUCCUUCCAGCCCCUUCCACCACCAAAAUCCCUUUAGUGGAACUGACAGAAGACUGCAGAGCGCUGGGUUUAUGUGAUGGGUUGGGAUCGUGGGAUCCUUGGGGCCUUGGGAUGUGUUGUGGCCUUGGCAUGUGCUGGGUUCAUGGGAUGCAGUUGGGUUGUGGGAUGUGUCAAUCCUGACUGCUCCAAUUGCAAAACUCUUGCCCAAUCACUUUCUUUCUAUUAGUUUAAUUCCUUCUUGGGACCAAAGUGGUCAUUGAUCACUUCCCAGAACAAAAAGAUUUCGGGGCUGGGUUAUGGGUGUAGCCAUGGGAUGAGAUGGUCUUCCCUCUGAUCAUGCCUUUCCUUUCCUUCUAUUUUGCAGAGGCAAAAGAUGCAGUGUUGGAUGAAGUACCUGCAAUAUUGGGUUUAAAUGCAGCAAAUCUGAAGAUUCUAGCUUCAAAACUGAUGAAACAAAUGGAAAAAUUGGACAUAAGGAAUUCACUGCUGAAAAAACAGUAUGAGAAGACGGAGAUACUAGCUGAAGAAGUGGAGAAACACUGUGAUGAGAUGGAUUUACGUGGUGCAGAUCUGAAGAACCACAUUGAAGAACUGGUGGAACAAAGAGAAUCAGUGGAGGAAUGGAACUCCCUGCUGAAGAAACAGUAUGAGAAGUUGGGUUUACGUGCUACAAAUCUGAGGAAACAAGUUGAAAAGCUGGAGAACAAAAUUGAAGUAGUGGAGAAACACUUCAAAAAGAUUGGUAUAAGCAUUCCUAAUCUGAAGCUACACAUGGCAGAGCUGGAGGAGCAAGCUGAAGCUGUGGAGAACCGGAAAUCAGAGCUGAAGAGACAUUUAACAAAUAUGGGUUUACGUGCUGCAGAGCUGAAGAAAUACGUUGAAGAACUUGUGACAAGAGGUGAAGCACUGGUGAAAAUAAGUGAAGUAGUGGUGAAAAGAAGUGAAGCAGUGGUGGUAGAAAUUGAAGACUCGGGUGAGUCUUCCCCAAAUCAAAGGAAUUGGGGGUUUCCCAUGGGAUCACAAGCUGUCCCACCUCAGCAUCCGUUGCCUCUUCUUUCUCUUCCAGGACAAACCGCCUGAAGAAUCAGACUGAGAGAUGAACUGCGCCUCACUGUAACCACGGGAGUUAAGCUUCACAGACCGCUGAUUGCACAGGAUACCAAAAGCACAAUAACUCACAGCGAGCAAGGAAACCCACAGCAGGAACAAGAGGAGCCAGUGUUUGUACUGAGGGAGAACACUGCAGUUCUGUGAGCCAGAGCUGCACGGGGUGCCACUGAACUGAGGGUGUGUGACCCCCAGCUGAAAUUGAAUUGGAAGAAAGAAACCAUACAAAGGAAGAAAAAGGGAGGAGACAGAGAUCCUGGAAAAGGGACAGACAGUUUGGGAAAUAAUGUGAUCUGGCACCUGGCUUUGUGGGCAUCUAAUGAAUAUGUAACGCUUGGGAAAUAGAAGCGUGCACGUGGAAGCAAAGGUAGAAAAUGCUUUGGGUGUUAGCUCUGUUCUUCGCUGUCACAAUGGAAUAAAGCUUACCUGCUGAUGGCAAUGGA